GUGUACCUCACAGACUUGCAAGGGGGGUAGAGUACUAAAGCAGAGGGAUCGGACAUAUACGGACACUUGAAAGCACUGGCACUUUGAGACAUCUACUGACAUAAAAAUGGGUUGCGGAGCAUUAUUAAGGCGGAGCAAUCUUGGCCUGAUAAGAUCACAAUUAGGUCUAAUAAACAGAUGCCAUUCAAACUUUGUUAGUGGUUAUGCUGCUUCUACAAACACUACUCCACAACAACAGGCCUCUAGCUUCAGUAUAAACCCUUUUGUAGCUAUUCCUCGCACUUUCAAUUCUGUCAUACACAUGACCAGUAAUGAUUGGGCCAUCAAAUGGUCGCAGUGCAAAAUCGUGUAUUACACGAUUAUGGUACGGUAUCAGUUGGGUAAAAAACUACUACGUGCUGAUGCCGCUAUCACCUAUAGGUUGGUUGUAAAGAUUACUCAAGGCAGAUGUUUGUCUAGAAGGGAGAGGCAGCUACUUGCUCGAGCCACGGCUGAUAUAUUCCGAUUUGUUCCGGGGUCCAUGUUUCUUGCUGUUCCUUCUCUACAGUUUCUGUUGCCCCUGAUCCUGAGAUUCUACCCCAACAUCUUGUCACCAAGCUUUCAAGACAAAAUUACUGGACAGGAACGGGUGAUGAGGAAACUGAAUGCAAGAAUAGAAUAUGCCAAAUUUCUUCAGGAGACGGCCAUUGAAAUGGCCAAAGUUGCUCAAAACUCGCCGAGUGGACAUGUCGGACCAACGGCUGAGGAAUUUAUUAGAUUUUGGAAUGAUAUUAAAUUAGAUAGACCUGUCCCCAGUGAGGAAAUUUUCCGCUUUGCAAGGUUGUUCAGUGAUGAACAUACUUUGGACCACGUUAGCAGGCCUGCCAUGGAGAAUAUGUGCAAGUCGAUGGGUAUCGCUUCAUUUGGAACAAAUGAACAUUUGCGUUUUAUUCUUUCCGAAAAGUUGAAAUCAAUUAAAAACAAUGACAAAUUGAUCCAAUUGAAGGGCGUGGAGGCGCUCUCGGAAAUUGAAGUUCGUAAAGCUUGUAGAGAGCGAGGAAUCCAUGUGGCGGAAGAUGAGCAGCAGCAGCUUCGUGAUUGGUUGGAUUUAUCACUUAAUCAUGCUGUGCCAUCUUCAUUUCUCAUCAUGUCCAGAGGCAUCAUUGAGACCAAAAAGCUAAAGCCUGAAGAAGCUAUGCAAGCCACGCUGUCUUCACUUCCGUAUGAAUUGAUUUAUAUAGUUGGUGUGGCAUCCUUGCCAUCCAGUGAUCCUAUAUUAGACAAGAGAAGAAAAAUCAAGGCCCUAAGUUUACAUGAAAAAGCCAUCAAGGAAGAAGAAGAGGAAGAGAUAUCGGAAUCGCAGACUGCUAUUCAAAAUGACAUGGAUCUAAAAGAGAUGACUGCAUUCACACUAGAACAAGCUAGUGCAAGAGCCGUGGAUGACCAGGAGCAACUUUGUGAAGUCAUUAGUGAUGCAUUGUUUGUGUUAACUUCUGUUUUAAAUUUGAGUACGGAGUGCGACAACUUAUUGAGGCUAUUCAAGAAUGAGAUAAUUUUUAAUAGUAGCUAUAAGGGCAAAAAGGGUCUAGAGGGUGAAAAGGAAGCCAUAAAGGCACAUGGAGCUGCCCAGGAGGACAAUAUUGGUGAUACUGUUUCAUCAGCACUGCUAAAUAGGGCUAAUGGUAUGCUCCAAAAACUUGAAAAAGAAACUGAUGGUGUAGGUGCAAAAAUUAGCUAUCGCUGGCGUGUUCUUGAACGAUAUUGUGAUGGGAAAGUUAGUCUAGAAUUGGUGGCAGCUGCAACUUUCUUGAAGGAUACUUUGGACAAGGAGGGGAUUCAAGAGCUUAUCAGCAACCUUUCAAAAUAUAAGGAAGAAAUUGAGAAGUUGGGCAUUGUGGCAAAAGAUAUCAAGCCGAGGCAGAAAGAGCUGGUGCACAAAUCAGAAGAACACGAAUUAGAUUGGGAUACAGCUGCCUUGGAACAAGUCCCUUAUUAUCUGACCCAGAUGCAGGAUUUGCCACAUCUGAUUUUCCUCAAGUUCCAAAGGCAUCACUUCCGUCCAAAUACAGUUACUAGGACAGCCCCGGACAUGCUCCCCUUCCCCGCUUCUGCCCUGUCUGGCCUUGAUACUGAAUCACCAAAUUCUUCAGGUGAUGAAGAAUCUUAUUCAGAUAAUUUGAAGGCAGAGCUUGAGGAAAUGCUCCAGGAGAAAUCAGAAAGCAAGGACGGCAAACCUCCUAAUACUUCGGUUGGUGAAGAUAAGCAAUUUCUGCCAUUCAUAUCUCGCCAACUACCAUCCUCUACAUCUCUCCCCCCAGCACCACUGUCUUGUACAUCUUUUGAAAGAAAAAGCAACCCUCCUCCAUCUGUUUCAAGGACCAACACCGACGUUGAUGUGGAUUUGCUAGAUGUUUCGGCUACUUGUAAAAUAUAUUAAGAUCAUAUCAUCAACAUCAUGCUAAAAUAGUAUAAAUCAAAGACACAAUACACAUUACG